GGUUGUCAAAAAACUCAAAUCACCCUUUGAUGCAUAAAAAAGAAGAAGAAAAAACCUCCCUUUAAAUUCCCCUUUCUUUUUUUUCAGCCUCUUCUUUUAACCUCUCUUUUGUGAAAGGAAACCUUGUCUUAUCUGAUAUUCAAUGUUGAAUUUAUUUGUUUAUUUGCCCUUGUGUGGGUACUUGCAACCCUGAAGAGCUGCCCAUAAAAGGGCCAAUGAGAAAGCACAGGCGGUUAGAAGAGAGAGAGAGUGGAGUAGGAGUCACCGAGUCAGUGAUUCUAGUGGGUUCCUGCUAAAGACCCCACCUUUCUUCCCCCAAAAUUUAUUUGGUUUAUUUAUAUAUAUUUAUGUUUAACUGCAACAAAACCCCACACAGCCCAGAUGGCCUGAAAGAAUUUUGCAAGGACAAGAUUUUCUGUACCAUCGGUUGAGUUUCAAAUCUGAUAAUAUUUACACCACAAAGGCCAAAGAGACAUAAAAGCAACCCAAACUGAAUAAUCAAUCAGGGUGUUACUUCUUAGAGAAGAGCAGGAGAGAAGGAGAGAAAGAAGAAGAAAGAGAUAAAAAGACCCCAUGAGAGAUCAAAAGGUGCUAGGAGAUAUAUAUCCAAAGGAAAGACUGGACCCUCUUGUGCGUGCUACUUAGAUAUACUUUUUGACAAGAAAGCUUUCAUCUUUCCUUUCUUUCACUCUGUUGGGCUUUGCUUCAAAGAGUACUUCUCCAAGAAUUCCAAAGAAAACUGAGGUAAACAGGUGGAAAAAGCUCCCCACACCUCUGUUUUUCUCAUUAGAAUAAUCAUUGUUUGUUUGCCUUAAGUUCUCUUUUAGUCCCAAACAUGAUUUCAUUCACCUUUGUGCUGCUUGUUGGAGAAAGAUGAGAGAAUAGUCUGAAGAGGCCUUGCAUGGCGACUCAUAGGGUUGGAGAGACUAAUUUAUCAGGCUCAGCACCUUCAAACCACCAUCUUCCAUAUGCAGUUCUUCAUGGCAUCAGCCCUCCUGCUGCAACUUUCAUCAAUCAAGAAGGAUCUGCCUUUGAUUUUGGGGAGCUGGAAGAAGCAAUUGUGCUGCAAGGUGUUAAGAUUAGAAAUGAUGAAGCUAAAACUUCUUUAUUCACAGCCAGGCCUGCAGCUACUCUGGAAAUGUUCCCUUCAUGGCCAAUGAGAUUCCAGCAAACCCAAAGAGGAAGUUCAAAGUCAGGAGGAGAGAGCACUGACUCAGGAUCAGCAGUGAACACUCUUUCAAGUAGAGCUGAGGCCCAGUUGGAACCGGAAUCUCCUAUCAGUAUAAAGCCAACGUCUGAUCACCAGGCUUUUGAUCAGAAGCAUCUGCAGUUUCAACAUCAACAGCAGUUAGAGAUGGCAAGUGAUACUUCUAGAUUAGCAGGACCAUCAGAAUCUCAACCAGCUGCUUCUAAACCACCCCCGGAAAAGAGGAAAGGAGCUGGAUCAACGUCAGAGAAAACGCUUGAUGCCAAGACACUGAGACGUUUGGCACAAAACAGAGAAGCAGCAAGAAAGAGUAGGCUGAGAAAGAAGGCGUAUGUGCAGCAGCUAGAAUCCAGUAGGAUUAAGCUCACUCAGCUUGAACAAGACCUUCAACGAGCCAGAUCCCAGGGGUUGUUCUUGGGAGGAGGAGGAGGAGGUGGUGGUGGUGGGGGAGCUGGUGGAAUUAUAAGCCCUGGAGCUGCAAUCUUUGAUAUGGAAUAUGCAAGAUGGCUCGAGGAUGAUCACCGGCACAUGUCGGAGCUUAGAACAGGCUUGCAGGCGCAUUUGUUGGAUGGCGAUCUUAGGGUAAUAGUUGAUGGAUAUCUCUCUCACUAUGAUGAGAUUUUUCGACUUAAGGGAGUGGCUGCUAAAUCAGAUGUUUUUCACCUCAUUACUGGAAUGUGGACAACUCCCGCUGAGCGUUGCUUCCUUUGGAUGGGCGGUUUCCGGCCGUCUGAUCUCAUCAAGAUGUUAAUAGCACAAUUAGACCCCCUAACAGAGCAGCAAGUUAUGGGGAUUUAUGGUCUCCAACAUUCCUCACAACAAGCAGAAGAGGCUCUCUCCCAGGGUCAGGAGCAGCUCCAACAAUCUCUCAUCGACACCAUUGCCAGCGGCUCGGUUGCCGAUGAUAUGGCUCAUAUGGUUAUGGCUUUGGGCCAGCUUACCAACCUUGAAGGCUUUGUUCGCCAGGCUGAUAAUUUGAGACAGCAAACCAUUCACCAAUUGUGUCGGAUACUGACAGUUCGACAAGCAGCACGUUGUUUUUUGGUGAUUGGCGAGUACUAUGGCCGAUUACGAGCCCUCAGCUCCCUUUGGGCAUCACGGCCCCGAGAGGCCAUGAUGGGCGACGAGCACUCAUGCCAAACAACGACAGAUUUGCAUAUGGUGCAGUCUUCACAUAGUCAUUUCACCAACUUUUGAUCAAGAUAUCUAUAUAUAGCUGCCCAGAUGAUCGAAAGGCCAAUAUCUUCUCCUUACUGGUGGCAUUGUUGGAUUUGUUGAAGCUACUUUAGAGGGAGAUAGGAUUUCAAUUUUUUUUUUUUUUCUUUUUGGGUUACUUUUCUUAUGCCUUUAAAUAUCACCACCAUAUAUUAAUAUGCUAUCUUGUAAAUGAAAAUCAAUUUAAUGUGGAUGAGAAGGAGGCUCUUUACUUGAUUAAAGAAAGAGAAACAAACAAUGAAAAAGUGUGAGAUAUGUUUAAAUAUCAAUGGAGUUACAUUAAUCAAUGAUGUUCAUUUGAAUGUGA